UACUCCCUGUUAUAAAUGAUUGUAGAAAAAAUCUUUCAUUGCCAGGUUAAAUGCAAUUAAGUGUACGAAGUGUCAUCUGAAUAGAAAGUUGCUCUUUGAUGGUGAAACGUACUCGAACUAAAACGUACCAAACUGAUUUGCAGCCAUGGCAGAAGAAAUCAAGGUUAAAACUAAUGCUGCAGCAGAUAAGAAAAAAAAGCAAAAAGGAAGAUUUAAUACUAUUAAAGGAAUUGAAUUUUGGUCACUGGUGCAGAAGAAGAAGCUUUUGUCUCUACUAUAUGAGUAUCCACUAGAUGCAUACAGGAAUAUAGCUAAUAGAAUAAGUGGCAAAAAUGAAGAGCAGGUGAAGGAGUACAUAGACAAGAUAAAGCGGCAGAUAAAAAACAAUCAGAAAUGGAAAAAUAUGAAAAAAUCUGACAGGAAAGCACCACUGGAUGAAUGGUUAGAUGUAGCCUCUGACUUGGUAGAGUUAGAAAUUGUAGACGCUUCAACUAAUCUAUCAAAGGUGUUGUCUAUAAUUUCUAACUUUGAAGACUUUGAGAUGCCACCAUCUAAAGAUGAUGACAGUAGUCCUAAUUACAAGUCUAUAUACAAGUACUUAUCUCAGGUCCUACUGGUUAACAGAAGUGAAGACAUGGAAAUACUUGGACCUAUAGAGAGUGCAAUCGUUAUAGACAUGUUACAUGGUUUGGGUGGAAAUGUUGGUGGGAAAUUUGGGCCCCGGCAGUUCAACCCCUAA